UCUGCCCCUGCCAGAGGCUCCCCAUCUCUACCGCCAGGUAACAGCGGCUUUGAGCUCAGCCGAGGCAGCCAUGUCCCGCCUGGCGGAUCUGAACAAGGAGAUUGUCAGCUACGUGACCAGCGCCCUGGCCACACACAGCCCCAAAAGGAGCCACAGGAAGCAAGUGGAGAAGGCUGUAGACAAGGCUAAGGAAGAGGUGGUCCAGAUCAAACACAGGCUCCUGCAGGCUCAGGCAGACGUGGAGACCAAGGAACGACAGCUGAAGGACCUGCAGCAGCUGAGCGAGAUGAAGGCGAAGGAGAGCCGGCUCUUCCGAGCCCAGCUGGAGAGCACUCAGAGACGCCUGCAAGGCCUGGAGCAGGAGAGUGGGGCUCAGCGGGCCCACCUGGAAGCCGAGCUGAGGAGCCGGGACUCGCGCAUCGCGGAGCUGGACGGGUUCCUGCAGGAGAAGGAGUGGCUGCGGAGGGACGCGGCCACCCAGGACACCCCAGGGCAGCACUCGGAGCAGCCGCAGCCCGUUGGUGGCCCCUUAGCACACUCAGCUGUCCUGGGGCCGGGGGCGCUGGCUGGGCCGGCCGGAGGGCACAGGGAAGCUGGGAAGGAAGAGGAAGAUGCUGAAGGGGAGCCAGCCACACACCCUGCAGGGGGUGAGAGGAGCCCCAGCUGGGGCGCUGCAGUCGGGAAUCCAGCGGUGCAGACUCCAGAGGCCUCGGCUACAUGUGAGCUCCUGGCCCGGCGCCUGGCUGCCCUGGAGGCAGAGUUAGCUGCAGCCCACCUGCAAAGCCAUGAGGACGCCGAGCACUGGGAGAGACGCUGCAGGACCAUGGCAGCCGAGUGGGAGGAGGAGAGGCAGAGAUUAUUGCAGCAGCCACGGCAGCCACAGGAGACGGCGCGUCCAGCAGAGACGGCGCAGCACCUGGAGACAUCCCAUCGGGGGCAGCCAAUGAAGCAGGUGGCUGUGGUGCAGCCAGCGCAGCAAUGGGAGACAGCUCAGCAGGUGGAGACAGUGCUGCAGAACCUGCCAAUGCAGCAGGGGGUGGUGGUGCAACUGGUGCAGCCGUUGGAGAUGGUGCAGCAGGUGCAGCUGGUUGAGCGAGUGGAGCCAGCCCCACAGAUGUCUGCAGCUGGAUCGCAGUUGACUUUGGAGGCCAGAGGCUUCCCAGAGCCGACUCUGCCUCCCACUCCUGCUGGAGGAGCCGCUCCUUCCCCAGGGCCCACCAGGCAGGGGGGCGCCCCCAGAGCAGGUGCUUCCCCGGAUGCCCUGUCCCAGUCCCAGUGCAGGGCGAUCGCAGCGCCUGCAGCAGGACGUCGUGGAGCCGACAGCCACGUGGUGGCCUUCAUAGAGACCUUGCGGGCAGGGCUUAUGGCUAAAGAGCUCCACGUGCUGGCUCGGCUCCUGGACGGCCCAUGUGGCGGGCUGACGACAGAACUCCCCGCGGCCCCUGAGGAAGCAGCAGGAGUUGAAAUCCACACGCUGCUUGGGAACGCUACCCUAGUUUUUUAUAGCUUGCUUGAAAGUAUAAGUGGUAAUGACAAGAUGCUGCUCCAGCCGCAGGACGUGACGUCAGAUCAAGGAGGAACUGCGGCACCAGCCCUGGGAAAAGGCGUUGUCCUGGGUGGAGCAGACCCGUUGGCUCUGGACCAGCACCCUGUAGGAGGAGGGCACAGCUCCCAUGCUGUCCCGCUAACCCAAGGCCGGCUGAUGAGCGCAGGAGGGGGGCUGAGUCCCAGGUCCGAGCCUGGCAGCGCCGGGGCCAAGAGGAGAGCCCCCAGGGUCCUGUUUACUCAGCAGGACGAGCAGCACAACAGACAGGUGCUGAACCAAGGCGUAUGCAGAGGCCAGGUGCCGUGGGGCCUGUACCAGGAAGCCAGCCUGCUGAUGGGGGGCUUCCGAUGGCUUCGCCGCCAGAGGUUCGAGGGCCUGGUGAGAGGUUACCUGGCCCAUGGCUGCAUGAAGGAGGCAGAAGAAACCUUGGAGCAACUUCAGGGCAGUUGUGGCUGCGUGAAGGCGCACAGUGUGCUGGGGCGACUCCGAGCGCUGAGGCAGCAGAAGCUCCAGUGCUGGCGGGGCGAGUGGCACCGCAGCUGGGCAAGGCGGCUGCAGCUGGCAGAGCUGCUCAGCGAGACGCUGGGGCGCGUGGAGGAGCGUUCGGGGCUGUUCCUGAUCCAGCCUGUGCUGCCGUGGCCUGGCCAGCCGACUGCACUAACCCCUCCUGGAAGGAGCGACGCCCGGCCCCAACCCACUCCCAAGAUACUGGUGCCAGCACUGAUGGGACAGGAAGUGAGCAGCCCCCUGGCCACGCGGGGUCUCCGGCUGCGCACCCCAAGGGAAGCAGGGCCCCACAAGCUGUGGAGCUUCCCACCAUUGGGGGGCAGCAGGGCCUGGCCAGACCAGGACCUGGUGCUGCCAAGCCCAAUGGUGAUCACCCCGCGGCUACUGGAGAUGGACCUCAAUAGCUACCUGCUGCAGGAGUGCCAGCAGGAGGAGCCAGCCCAGCCCAGGCCCAGCCAGUCCCAGAGCCAGGCCCUUCACAGCCUCGCUGAGGAGUUUCCUUCCUGUCCGACGUGGCGUAGCCCUGAUAGGCCCCAGCCACUCGGAGAGGCCGUGAGUGCCCAGCUGUGACUCCAGAUCGGCUCGCGAUCCUGUGGGCAUGUUCCGGACUUCAGGACACAGCUUGAUAAA